AUGGCCAUGAAUAUGCCGAAGAUCGAUGACGACUGUCGAACCACCCUUAUCGUCGUCCCUGCUGCAUUGCUCCAACAGUGGAAAGAUGAGAUUGACACGAAGACCAAUGGGCUAUUUACGGUACACAUCCAUCACAGCAAGGAUAAACUGAAGAAAGCGUCCCAACUCAAGUCAAUCGAUGUUAUCAUCACUUCGUAUCAAACCCUCUGCCAGGACUUCAGCGUCCCAAGAAGUGUCGACCCAGAGGAGGAGGAAGAGUGGCUAGCAGAGCAUGGAGGACUGUUCUCGAAAGUCAAAUUCUAUCGCGUCAUCGCAGAUGAGGCUCAAUUCAUUCGGAAUCGUGCAACGCGAUCGAGUAUUAGUCUUUCUUACCUCAAGGCCAAGUACCGCUGGAUGUUGACGGGAACGCCCGUCACCAACACCCUGGCAGAUAUUUAUGGGUUGUUACGGUUCGGACGGUUCCGCCCAUGGAAUGACUGGAAUGACUUCAAUGUACAUGUUGCCAAAGUCCAGUCGGAAGAUGCACCUCUUGCAGGCUCUCGCGCGCAAGCCAUUUUGAAGCCAAUCCUUCUCCGACGGACGAAGAACUCGAAGCUGGAAGGUAAACCCCUCUUGGAGCUCCCGCCCAAGGAGAUCGAAAUCGUCCAACUUCAGUUCUUGCCUGAGGAGCGACAGUUGUAUGAGUCGUUCGAGAAGCGGACAAAGAUCCAUGUCAACAAAUUUAUUAAAGAGGGGACUCUUAUCAAAAACCAUGCAUUCGUCCUGGUCUUGAUCCUGCGCCUUCGCCAAUUAUGUUGCCACCCGCAUCUUAUCCUUUCGUUGGCGAAUGAAUUCGAAGACCCAACUAUGCUAGUUGGGACCGAGUCUGACAAAGAGCUCAGCCGCGCGAGGAAGAUCAUGGGACCUGCCUGGGUUGCUGAUGUCAAGAAGAAAUUUUUGCUCCGUGCCAUCGCUAUGGAAAGCAUGGCUUUUGCAGACGAGGUCGACGAUCCUGAGGCCACUUGUGGCAAUUGCCAAGAUCUAUUUACGAACAACAGUGGUCGAAUCUUAGCAUGCAAGCACGAGAUUUGCUUCGAUUGCACUCUCGACCUGAGCAAUUCGCCGAUUGCCCAUAACGGAAUCUUCGGUACUGGGACAGAAAAGGAGAACCUGGAGGCUGAGAAAGAGUACGAAGCUGCUGCUGCCAAGGGUUAUCGACCUUGCCCGAUGUGCAAGAAGAUGAUGGAUAUGAAAUCAGCAGACAAAGUCUUCAAGGCAGCUGCAUUCGAACCCACAGAUGAGGAGAUAAGCAACCACAAGCGGGAAAAGAAGGACGCUAGGAGGGCAAAGUACAACGAUCGUUAUGAGAUCAAGACCCGCUCGCCAUCGCCCGCUAGGUCCAUUCCUGAUACGCUAGACGACUCGGAUGAUGAUCUUCCUGAUAUGGCAGACAUGUUGAAGGACAUGUUGAAGAAGCCGAAGAAGGUUAAGGAUGAGGAUGAGGAGAUGCUCGACUUGACGCAGUCUGGUCCAUCUUCAAGCAAGUCGAAGAAGAAGCGGAAGAUCAUUGACAGCUCGGACUCUGAGGUCGAAGUCGUCGACAGUACCUCGCAGGGCAAGCGUCGGAAGAGUGGUGGUGGAUCGUCGCCUCCUGCACGGGGUAAGAACACCAAGGGAAAAGGACGCCCAAGCGCCAACGGCGAGGAUGGUGGCCCAUCUCAAGCGCUCAUAGCUACCUGGGGGCGCGGAGACGAUGACCUGGAGCCAAGCACGAAGAUGUUGGCAAUGAUUGAGUUGCUGAAAGAGUGGGAGAACGAGGGCGAUAAGACGAUCAUUUACUCACAAUGGACGUCCAUGCUGGACUUGAUUGAGACCCUCUUUUCACGACAUAGCAUCAGAAGUCUCCAGUUCGAUGGAAAGAUGGAUAGGUCCGAGAGAGAUGCGACAUUGGCACAGUUCAGGCAGGCCGGAGGGCCUAAGGUUAUUCUCAUCAGCACGAAGUGCGGAAGUGUUGGGUUGAACUUGGUCUCUGCGAAUCGCAUCAUCAACAUGGAUCUCUCGUGGAAUUAUGCCGCGGAGUCGCAGGCUUAUGACAGGUGUCAUCGUAUAGGCCAGGAAAAGCCGGUAUUCGUGAGACGCCUUGUCGUGGAGAAUACCAUCGAGGAGCGGAUGCUGAAGUUGCAAGACGUAAAAACUGGUCUUGCCGAAGCGGCUUUAGGUGAAGGCACAGGCGCCAAGCUCCAUAAACUCAGUGUGAAAGACAUCAAAUACCUCUUCGGAAUGGGCCCGGCCAGUAACACAACCCUCAACCCGCAAGGAGAAAUCCAGGCCUGA